AUUUGUUAAAUUAUACUAAAUAUGUGCGGUAUUUUGGCCAUUUUCUCCGCUGAUGGUCAGCCAAUUGGAACGCAAUCCUUUGAAGGCAGCGAGCACAGUUUGCGGGAGUUGGCUUAUCGGCAGAGUGGCAAGCAGCGCCAUCGUGGUCCCGAUGACACGGGCAUCCUGGUUAUCGAGGAGCAGGGCGUGGCUUUGGUGCACGAACGUUUGGCGGUUAUAGGCGUGGCAACAGGACAUCAGCCGCUGCAGUCUCGAGAUGGCAACAUCGCCCUCAUUACCAAUGGUGAGAUUUACAACUACCUUGAGUUAACCCAGAAGAUUGUCAAACGUUUGCCUGGCUAUCAGCCCAAGAGCGAUUGCAAUGUCAUCAUUGAGCUGUACGAGGAGCAUGGCAAUAAGUUGCUGGAACACAUAACGGGCAUGUUUAGCUUUGUUCUCUACGAUCGACGACGUCGGCAGCUGUUGGUGGCCCGUGAUCCCUUUGGCAUUAUACCACUGUAUAUGGGCAAGGAUGCGGCGGGCAAUCUGUGGUUUGCCUCGGAAAUGAAGUGCCUGGUGAACGUCUGUGAUCAGCUGCAGGUCUUUCCGCCGGGACACAUGGCUAUGGGUACAGUGAAGCAACUGCCUUCGCCGGUGCGCUAUUACCAGCCCAGCUGGAGGCAGUUAAUCCCAACGGCUGAAGUGAAUCUAAAGCAUCUGCGCCAGCAAUUGGAGCUAGCAGUGCGUUCACAUCUGCAGUGCGAUGUGCCCUUUGGUGCCCUGCUCUCCGGCGGAGUGGACUCCAGUCUGAUCGCAGCCAUUGCGGCGAGAAUAAUGCGAGAACGCGAUCCGAGCUAUAAGUUGCGCACCUUCUCCGUGGGCAUGUCAGGAUCCCCGGACUUUGUGCAUGCCCGGUUGGUUGCCAAGCAUAUUGGGAGCGAGCACACGGAAAUCACUUUCGAUGUGGAUGAUUGUCUGGAUGGAGUAAGAGAUUUAAUCUAUCAUCUGGAGACGUACGAUGUGGCCACUGUGCGUUGUAGUCUGCCCAUGUUUUAUCUGGCGAGACAUGUGAAGAGCACUGGUAUUAAGAUGAUACUCUCCGGCGAGGGUGCCGAUGAGAUCUUUGGCGGCUAUUUGUACUUCCACAAGGCACCCAACUAUGAGGAGUUCCACCAGGAAAUGAUCACUCGCUGCGAGCAGCUGCAUGUCUCCGAUAUUUUGCGUGCCAACAAGGUGACCAUGUCCAAAGGUCUGGAGCUGCGUGUUCCCUUCCUGGACACGGCUCUCGUUGACCACGUGAUGGGUAUACGACCGCAGGACAAGAUGGCAGGUGCAUUGAAUGAGUUCACCGGCGACCGAAAGUGGCGAAUGGAGAAGUUUGUGCUGCGACAAGCCUUCACGGGAGAUUAUCUGCCGGAUGCCGUACUCUGGCGCCAGAAGGAACAGUUCUCGGAUGGCGUUGGCUAUGCCUUAAUCGAUGCCUUGCCCAACUUUGCUGCCCGCCAUGUCAGCGAUGCACAGCUGCUGGAGGCGAAGCAAAGGUUUCCCAUCAACCCGCCCAAGACGAAAGAGGCCUUCUACUAUCGCUGCAUCUUCGAGGAGCAGUUUCCGGGCGAGUCAGCGGCCAACACUGUGGAGAAGUGGGCGCCACGCUUGGACUGGGGUUGUCCAGAGGAUCCCUCGGGCAGAGCCCAAGCAGCACACGACAACGGCUAUGGAAAGUGUACAAUCGAUUAUUAAAUAUUACUCUUUUGUUUUGAGAGUUCAGUUUUUGGUGGUAGUUUGUUUUGAAAACAUUCCAUUUAAUAAUCAUAAAGCAAUUACAUUUUUUAACUGCAAACUUUUUCUUGUAUUUGAGUUAUUUAAAAUUACUAAUAUACUCAAUUUAAUUACUUAUUAUUAAUGGUAAGUCUAAAAUAUUAAGCUAUUUAACAUUCCAUUAAAUAAUUAAAAGUGAACUACAUUUUAUUUUAACUGCAAACUUUUUCUUGUAAUUCAUUUAUUGAAAGUUGCUGAGAUUCUCUUUCUUUUAAUUGCUUAUUAUUAAUGCUAAAAAAUAAGCUGUAAGGUUUUCUCAAUCAGUUUAUUUUCGCAUUUUUAUUAAGGAACUUGCGAAUGCCAAUUUUAAAAAUAGAAGUACCUUGAAAUUGUUCAUUUGAUGUUUAAUGAUUUAAUAAAAAGCACGUGAAUAAUAACGUAA